UUCUUCCCUUCAUUUCGGUGUCCCUCCAUCCAGCGGGAGGGUGUUGUUGGCGAGAUAGUUGAUCUAGUUAGGCCAGAGACCGAGAGCGGCGCUUGCUGGCAUACAGCGCUAGUUCUCUUAGGUCAUGGCCGUCUUGUGAUCAGUUGUCCAGACGCUGCUGGGUGUAGGAUUGCUUGUAGUUUCUCAGUCGUCGUGAGCUGUGAACUGGGGCGUUCCGUCACUGUGGGCAGCUUGUCUAUACAUUGGCAGUGGCAGAACGGUGUUACUGUGUCAUUGUUACCUACCAUGUCGCUGCGGACGGCGCCGACAACACCAACCACUCCGAGCGGCAGCGAUAUCUCGCUGCAGACGCCCGCCAAGCGUCGAUCACGCAAACAAGACAUCAAGAACGAGGUAAACCCGGACUCGCACUUCCAGGUACAGCUGACAAGCAGCAGCGGAAGCAGUCCAACAGCGUCUGCAAUGCCUUCAUUUCCAACUCCAGCACACCCUCCACUCCAGCAGCAAACUCUGAAUGAGGUUGGAAAUUCUCGGCGAAAAUCCACGGGUGGUAGCAUCCCGAAUUCUAAAGAUCGCCCCAAAACCAAACGACAAGUGGCAAGCCGGAAACGCAAGAGUCUCCCUGCGGACUCUGACAAUGAUGGCUCGAGUAUGAGCGCCUUGGAAGAAUUGCAGAGCAAAGAGAAUCAGGUGUACCUGGAAAAGUACAUUCUUCAUCGCUGCUCCCCAUCAGAUGAGCCGCUUAGAUACCGUGCAGUGGAAAUCCAGCCAAACCGGGAGCAGCUGCAGGAAUUGUUUGCUGCAGCAACUGAUGCAGCUGCAGUGCAGCACCACGCUGAACACGCGCGGUACGAAUGGAUUGCUGACCAGCCACCAGUCAUAGACCAGUCAUUGGUUGGCAAGAAGUUCCUGGCCAGGACCAAGCCUUGGCAAGAGGAAAUUUAUGGUGUAGCUGAGGUCAUCAGCCUGACGGAUUCCGGGUCGGCGAAGAUACGCUUUCUGAAUGAAGAAGGUGUCGGGACUCAGCAAAGCAGAGUUCCUGCGCACUGUCUCAGACUCUAUGUUCCUAUUCCCCUGAUAGAGCUUCGUAUGAUACUGGAGGCCAAGUGCAAUCAGCCUGAUGUACGUCGUCAGAACGGUGAUAGUGAUGGCAAUGACGAUGAGGUUGCCGACAUCACAGAACGCGCUCAACGUGCUAACAUGCCUCUGAACAGCGUGGCCUCUCGCACACUUCCGAAUGCCAGCAGCAGCGCCCAGGGGUUCAAUCGAGACCGGGAAACGAGAACGCCGAAUCGAAUAUUUCGCACGCCGAGCAUCCGCACGCCGGGCCCCAGCUAUCCAGAUCGGAGUCAGCAGUUUGUCAAGGGCGACAUUCUCUGCCUGGGCAACAUGUCGCGCAAGCGUUACAACGGCUCCCAGUGGCGUUCACUGUGCCAGCACAGCGAAGGGUGUGACAGAGAGUCUCAGAGAGGCGGCAGCUGCUCUCUGCACAGCAAGGGCGAUGCGUCCAGAAAGUCAUCUACAGGAGAAUAUGCUCCAUUCCCGACUCCAAGCACAGCGAAUGGAUCCUUCAGUCAACAGGUCACACCUUCAAAAGAGUUCAACGCCUUACGGCCGGAAAGCGCUCGUGAAGAAGCAGCCCAUGGCCUGCUUGAGCUCUCCGCAGGCGGUAAGGACAAGCAGCAACGUUCGUUGGCAUCCAGCUGUUCCACGCAGGACGCGUCGCCCAUGACGAGCAUCGCCAAGCCGCUGCUGUUCACCACCAACGUGUCUCCGCCAAGCGGCGCCGCACAGCCGGCGGUUACGAUAGGUCACGCGGCGCCGUGCAGCCUGGUCAACAGCAGUGUGAUCAACAUGGUGCCGACAAGCGGGGUACAGGUGAUGCCCAUGAUGCCCAUGCAGUACGGACGCUACCAGCCGCCGCCGCAGUUCUUCAUGCAGCCCGAUGGUCCCGGCGUCAUGGCGCGUCAGUCCCCACGUGUCAUGCUGUACCCGGGAACUUCGCCAGCACUCGGUACCCUAUCGACACCUGGUGGACUUCUACAAGUGCAACCUCAGCCACCGCCACCCCCGCCGGGUAGCUUCAUGCAGUUCCCGGGAGUACACGCACCGGCAGCAUUGCAGCCAGCGCCCGCAGGCCCAAUGCCACCGCAGUACAUGCAUCCCGGCCUCAUGCAGCACACCGGCAGCGGCGGAGAGUACUGCUUGCCCACGUCACUCAUGUCCAGUACUGGUACGCCUACUCUCCCCGCGGUGGGCAAAGUGGAUAGUCUUCCAACUCCCAUGACCGCAUCACUGUUCAACACGACUGGAGGUAUUGGUGGUGUUUCAACUAUAACGCCACAGCCGAAUCAGCUGUACAACCAAGCAGUGGCUAGCAGUGGAGAGCCAACUAGCCAGGCUACCACCACCAUCCCUCAGAGUAGUGAGAGUCGUGUGCCCUUCUAUCGAGUGGGAAUAUCAACUUCAGCUCCACGUCAACCGGCCAAGUCCGAUGGAGCUGGUACACAGACUGCUCUGGGAACGUGUUCUGCAAGCAGCUCCUCGCAGACACCACCAAAAACUCCUGAAAACUGUGAGGGAAACAAGCCUUCCGUGCUAGAAACAGUGAAUGAGAACCAGGAACUGGGACCAGCCCCCAACACAAUGCGUAGUGCUAGGCGCUCGCUCUUUCCUGACAACACUGGACAACCGGUCUUGCAAGCGCGCAUCGCCAACCCAUCACCGUCCUCUCAGCUUGGCGAUGUGUGGUCGACUGUGCUGCCAGAAGCGAAAGGCCCUGGCUAUGUCCAUGCUGCCACUGUGGCCGCCCCGAUUGCCAAUGCUGUCCCCACGGCUAUGGCAAGCAGUGCCGCACAUGACACAGGAGUACAUCGAGAUGUAGCCGAUGCUGCUGAUGAAUCCGGUGACCAAUCUUCACAACUGUCGAAUAGAAGCUGCCGAUCUCGAUUCAACGAUAAAGAUGAUUGGUGCGCCAACUGCGUCACAAAGAAAAAUGGCUGUAGCCGAUACAAACCUGAGCACAAAUUGGCACGCGCCCGUAGCCGACGUGGCAAAGCCUGAUAUUCAUGCGCAUGGUUGCUUCCUUUUCUCUACCCUUCUGCUCAUUUUGUUUUUAAAACUUGAGGACACUUUUGCAUUAAUAUUUUUUUACAAUGGCAUGUGUGCUGCAUCGUUGACGUGUUUUGUGUUUGUUUAGCACGUUGCACAUCCUAUCAUCUUAUUAACAUUGACACACUAUUAGAACAGUAGAGAAUUGAGGACUAUGGCUGUUCGCCGCAUCCGUUUACUAACAAGCAUCUCCUUGAGAAACACAGUGGUGGCUUGAGAUACACGUCCAUUUUUUAUAUCAUUUAUUGUGUGUUAACCGUUCACUGUGGAGAUGCACGCGUCUUCUCUCUGCUUUUCAACUUGUGUGUGCUAGUCGGUGGAGUCCUUGUCCGCAACUCGGCUUUGGCACUGUUGUCAUCAUUGUCGUCAGUUUUGUUUUGUUGUUGCUACUGCUCAGUGCCUGCUGUCACAUCCUUACCUUAGUUUGCUGUUUCAGUCACUGCACUGUAACAUCAUCAGGCUAGUUGUUGAUGGUGGUGUCACGCGGCUUGGCGGUUGUUCUUACUGCUAGCUUCACAGCGCCAUUCGAUCCGUGUGCGUGUGUGUGUGUCCGCGCGCGUGCGUGUGUGUGUGUGCGUAUGUGUGUGCGUAUGAACGUGCGUAUGUGUGUGUGUGUAUGUGUGUGUGUAUGUGCCCAUGCACUGGAUUGACUUGUGCACAUACACCCACAUACUGCACAGGUGUGCUUCAAGUCUGGCUGCUGGCUACUCCUCUGCUAUUUUUCGUCUAGUGAAGAUCUGGUUUCUGCUUUGCAUGCAUACAGUUUACUUUGUGUGAUGGUGAUGGUGAUCACGGAAGAACUCUAUUCUAUCUAAAGUUAUGAUUUGUGGCUUGUCGCUUUUCCACGCUCUAUUCUCCAUUGUUACCUCUAUUAUCAGAGCCAAAUGGGCUCAUCAUCA